AUGGAAGUACUUUACAAAGAAGAUGGAGUGUUGAUAUCUCAAAGAAAGUUCACUAUAGAUCUACUGAAAGAGUUUGAAUGUGCCCGAUAUUCCAGCCUAACAUCACCUCUUGAUCCCUCUACAAAGCUGAAGGUAGAUGAAAGUCCAUUGUUGAUUGACCCUUGCAACUACAGAAAACUGGUAGGUAAGCUGAAUUUUUUGAUAAAUACAAGGCUUGAUAUAUCCUACAGUGUCCAGCACCUUAGUCAAUACAUGCAGUCGCCCAGAGAAAGUCAUCUGAAAGCUGCAUAUCAUGUUUUGAGAUAUCUAAAGGGUGAUCCGAGCCUGGGGAUAUUCUUUUCCAACAGCAAGGAUUAUGGAAUAAGAGCCUUUUGUGACUCGGAUUGGGCAGCAUGCCCUGAGACUAGAAAGUCAAUCAGUGGCUACAUUGUGUUGCUUGGAAACAAUCCUAUUAGUUGGAAAUCAAAGAAACAGUCCACCAUAUCCUUAUCUUCAACUGAAGCAGAGUAUAGAGCAGCUAGACAAGUUGUGGGUGAACUAGUUUGGGUGGUUACACUCCUUGAAGAGUUGACUGUACCCAUGAAUCUUCCCAUUUUAGUGUUUUGUGAUAGUCAAGCAGCCUUGCAGAUAGCCAGAAAUCCAGUGUUUCAUGAAUGCACAAAACACAUAGAAGUUGACUGCCAUUUUGUUAGAAACAAGCAGCAAGAGGGACUGAUCUCUUUACACCAUGUGACUCAACGAGCAGCUUGUGGACAUUUUCACUAA